AUGACCAGUCCCUCUCGCACCCAGGUUCUUUCACUCUACAAGCAAAUCAUACGGAAUGCCAACGGCUUCAAUAACUACAACUUUAAAAAUUAUUUCCUGCGGAAGGCACGCACCCAGUUUCGCGAGACCAAGGAUUUGCAGGACCCAGAAACGAUUCAGCAAGCUUACCGCACGGCAAAACAGGAGUUGGGCGUGCUUAAACGUCAAUCCGUGAUUUCUCAAAUGUACACGUUCGACAAGCAGGUUGUCGAGCGCAUAGACAGCAGGAAACACACCCAAAAUAGUGGUCGCUAG